AUGAAGAUUUUAACACAAGAAGAAAUUGAAGCUCAUCGUUAUCAUACUUUAAGUGGUGGUUUGCAAGGUGCUAUCGCCGGUCUAGUUGUUUCUGGUCUGAUUUUCAAAUUGGGUCCACGUCGUUACCCUAAGUUCAAUCCAAAAAAUAUGCCAUGGUCCAUGAAAACCGCUAUAUUCAUCACACCACCAACUUUGUUGAUGUCUAUUUGUGCUGAAGAAGCUUCUAACAAUUUUGAUAAAAGAAUGUAUGGUGGUGACGAAACUCACUCCGAGGCUAUGGAAGAACAUAGAAGAUGGAAGAAUCUGCCAAUAAAAGAUAAAGUUGUUGAAGGAUUGAAUAAUAAUAAAUACAAGAUUAUUGUUGGUGCUUGGGCUGGAUCAUUGUACGCUUCUUGGAAAAUUAUUGACAGGGACACAUUGAUGACUAAAGCUCAAAAAGCUGUUCAAGCUAGAAUGUACGCCCAAGCUAUAUCGGUUUUGUUGUUGUUGGCUUCUGUUGGUUUGAGUGUUUAUGAAAAGAAAUUACAUCCAGAUGCUGUUGCCGAUGCUAGAAAGAAGAGAUGGGAACAAGCUUUAGCUAGAGCCGAAGAAGAAGAUGCUCUUGCUCAGGGUACUAUGAAUAGAACUAAUGAAGAAAGAGUUAAGUCUAAGAUUUUCAGAUAUGAUUAA